AUGAUCAGUCUCUUUGACCAACUGCCUGAUUUAAUAUUACUCGAAAUAUUUUCUUAUCUAUCUUGUGCUGAUGCUUUAUGGUCAUUUUCUAAACUCAAUUCUCGUCUGACAACAUUGUUAACAGAGCGAGGUUUUUAUCGUCAUGUUAAUUUAUCAUCAACUGGUAAAAAACAAUUCGAAACAAUUUUUUCAACACUUCGAUUAAAUGAAAUACAAUCACUUGUCAUUGAUCGUUGCACGUCACCUCUUCAACUAAAAAGAUGGCCUCAUUUAACACAUUUGACAGCAUUACGAUUACAAGGUGUACGCAAUUUUAGGGAGGGUGGUAUAACAAAAAGUAUGGCUUAUCCAUCAUGGAACAUGUGCGAAUUUCUCGAAAGAACACUUUGUUGUUUGCCUAAUCUUCAAUCACUUGAUUUAGGAAUGGAAACAUCUUUUGUUUUAUACAAGGAUUUUUGUGAUAAUUUUGGUUUUUGUUUACGUAAUAAAGGCCUUUUACAUCGAAUGGAAUCUUUACAUACAUUUACUUUUAUUAAAUCAUUUAAAUGCUAUUCAAAUGAGGAAUGGGAAUUUGUUAAUGUAUUGACAAAUUCUGAUAUUAUGCCUGUUUUACGACGAAUAAAUUUUUCUGUUUUUAUCGAUGCCAAUGAUCUGGUUCAGAUGACUCAUUCAAAUCUCUUUGUUGACGAUCGUCAUAUUGAUCUUCAUUAUGUUUUUAUGAUUAGUGAUGAUCGACAACAUUCUGAACUUGAUGAAUAUGUGCCACGUGGUAGUUUAUCACAUCCUCGUCAAAUAGCUAGUGUAACAUUUAUUUCUGAAUGUUGGCCUGUUGAUUCAAUGAUGCAUAAUCGUGAUGAAAUUUAUUUAAACAAACCUAGAAAUCGACAACAUAUAUUCUAUACUUUGCCAUGGGCUUUUAAUGAAUUUUUUCCAUUAUGUGUUCCAGAUGGAUAUAUUAAUGAAUUGGAAGUUUUUACAUCGACUUCUCCAGUUAAUAGAGUUGGUUCAUCACAUGUUCGAAAAUUCAGUAUAUCAAAUAAUUUUCCGUCAUUGGCUACUUCUUUUCCUCACAUAAUGUCUUCGAACAAAGUAGUUGAACUGCACUUAUCACGAUGUGAUAGAGAGUUAUCUGUAAAUUUACCAAUUUUUGAUCAUCUCAUUAUUACAGAUAGUCUUGACUUAUUGAAUAAGUGUUGUUUUUCAAGAAAUAUUCGAUCAAUUCAAAUUACUCUUAAUCAAGAAUAUAUUCAUUUGGCAAGAAAUGAUUGGAAUGAUUUGCCGAUUCUCUCUACUUUACCAUUUUUGAACUCUUUACGCAUACUUUUAUAUGAUAUGAAUGUUCCACCAAAUGAUAUAAGUCGCCAUAUCAUCGUAGAAACAAUAUCAAAUAUGUCUGACUUUUGCUUUUGUUUUCGGCGUAAAAAUUACGGAAAUCGUGAAAAUUUUGAAUCGGCACAUACUAUGCAGGCUAUAUUCAUCACACAAUUGCGGAAUGAUAUUCUUGCUUUACCAUUGAAUGAAAAACCUAGAAUUGCUGUUGAAAAGGGUGGCUAUGGACUUAUUGCAUGGUUUUGA